AGAGAAGCCGCACGGCGCACACGGCGCUAUCCGCACUCCGCAGUCGAACCACGAUCUCCUAGCAUAAUCGGCAGCGUUCACAUCACACUAGUUCAAAGCGUUGUUAGUAGUUGUAGCAGCGUUCUUGGCUAGGGAGGAAUUCACCCGAAUUUUGGAAUUGUUCCGUUCAUCUUUGAACCGUUGGCUUUGAGAGGCACAUUUCAGCCUACGACAUUGGCAUUGGCAUUUCGCAAAACUCGCAUUCGCAUCGUGAUCUUCAGACAACGACGCAGGUUUAUAAGCGCAUUUUUUAGAAUCGGCUUUGACCAUCCUGGUAAUAGGAAUGGAUCCUAAAAGAUCGCCAACAUUGGGCCUGUGGUUCAACAACUAUAAGUUGGACGCACUAAUUGAAGAUGAGGUUGCCUUUCUCGACAAAAACAGAGAAACCUGCAAGGGAAUCAUCGCCAAGCAGGAUAUUGUUUUCUGGACAAAAGCUUUAAUCACAUUCAGAGAUGCGAUGAUGGAAGUGUAUGGCAACUUUUACCUGUUUGAGUCUACUGACCUGGUGUUUGUCGAACUCCUGCGAAAGCUUUGUGGCAAGAAAGGACCAGCCAAAAUGCUCACUUACUUGUCAGACGUUGCUAGCAUGGAGAGCAAAUUCCAAACUCCUUCACUCCUUGACAAUAUUGAGCGAUUGGGUCACAAAGAUACGUCAAACAAGCUUUAUGGACAUUUACUUCCUCAAAAAUUGGAAAAGUUAUUUCGUGAAUACAGUAAGGGAGUUCUCAGUCCUGCCGAGCAGCUUGAAGUGAAAGACCAAGUUGUUCAAGUCUGCAGCAUUUCCAGUCGUACUGCAGCUUUUAUUGUCCAGCUUCUGCAAAGUCUUCUGAAGGGCGAGUCUCCCCUGCAAGGCUGGAAAAUGCCAGAUGUGUGGCGCCAGAAGACCUGGCAACCCAAAGAACUGGAGGAGUACUUGAAGGACAAAUGGAGGGAUGACCUGGCCAAGAUCGUCUUGCAGGUACCGCAAAAGGACAUUGCCUGGUGGAAUAAGAAGAAGCAGAAGGUUCUUCCUGAAAGCGAGACCAUCUCGACGGAGAACAUGUUCAGUCUGAAAAUGAUGGAGACUAUGCCUUGGAAACCAGAAACCUGUUCAAAAUUGCCUCCCUGCUUGGCCGACGAAGAGUGGGAAAGUGUGUUUGACGUCUUAAGACGGCAUGUUCCUAAUAACAAACUACCGUUUGAGGCUUUUCCUUCAGACAGACUUGUCAAGUUGAAAUUUGAGUGUUUCCAACUGGCCGUUCCUCCUGUCUUGGCCUUGAAAUAUCACAAGAGGAAACUGGAUGGACAGCACAGCCUGUGCAUCUCGGCCUGGUUUGCUUCUUGGUGUUUGCUGCUCUCUGGAAGUGAACUGAUGCGUCAUGUGAGAGCCACCUCUCCAACUGGCAAAUGCGCCAACUUUGAAAAUCAAACUCACCUUUUGGCCAUCAAACAGACUCUGAUGCACUGGAAUGUGCCUAAAGCUUUGAAGCCCGAAGACUGGAUUUCCAAUGUGAGCGAUUUUCUCGAGUGCAAUUCAGUUCAAAGGCAGUUUUACUCAAACUACACCAUCCGGCAGCAGUGGUUCGCAGUUGCCCUAUCUGCUAUUCUCAAGUUUGAGUUGCACACUGCUCCUCUCAGAUUCUGGCCAGUGCCAGCAAAACAUGCAGAGGCUGUUACGGAAGUGCUCUCUUUUGUCAAAAUGAUCAAAGAGCUCAUCUUGCUAGGCAUUUAUGUGCAUGAAAGCAACUUGUACGAGGAAAUCAAUGCAUACUUUGUAACCAUAUCACCGACUGUGACCAACUGCAUCAAACUCAUCAGCAGUAAUGACUGGACCGAGUGCUUGCGCAACCUUGCGGCAAAGUGCUCACUUUCAAGCAAGGGCAAAUUCGUCAGUGUCCCUAGCUAUGAUCUCGACAAAGAUGUUAGCAAGUUUUACUCCCAACAUCCUUGGAACUUUCUCUACUAUAUUGAUUUACAUUUGAAGAAACCUGAUUGCAAUGAAAUGCUUGUAAGCAAGACUGCGGUGAGCAUUUUAAACCAAUGGAGGAACCCUGAAAAGUCAGUAGGGACCUGGUCCUACACCCCCAAUUUUCAUGGAUUGUUGAACAACACUGCCUACAGUUUGGUCAGAGACAGUGGUUGGAGCAAGAAGGGAAAAUUUGUGAAGGAAAUUGUUGGAGUAAUUACCCACAUGCAAUUCGUCCCUUGGGAAGAUAAACCAAGAAUCAUGCAUACUGAGCUUGACACUGAUAAGUUUGAUAAACCGAUUAGUGCAAUGCAAGAUGGUGACUAUGGCAAGAUGGAAUUAAUUGGAAAGAUCGGUUGCCACUGCUUGGUUUUGCUUAGUGCUGGGCACAGGUGCAAAAUGCUUCUAGGAAGCAAAAAAGAGAACUUGAUUGCUACUCUUGUUCGCCAAUCUUACCAACUCUUUGAGUUGGAGCACCUGUAUAGAAUUGCGCUUCUUGUUGGAAACCUCUGUGAUUUUAUACCGGAGGCUCCGAUUAACGAAGGCAAGGAAUCCAAUUACUCAGCUUUGAUCAGCUCCAUCAAACAGCUAAAGGUGCAACAAACGGGUGUGCCUGAUCCAUUUGCCACAAGAAAAGAGUGGAUCAUGGAAGACGUCCCGUGCAUGUUUGAGUUUGGCCCCAAAGACUGCAAAUAUUGGCUCAAGAAGACCUUGUCAGCCCAGUUGAAGGUGAUUUUCAAGGAGGCGUCUGAAGGAAAAAGUGUUCCGGCCCACACACCCAUCAUGCAAUAUCUCCUCCCUAGCUACUUUGGUCUGCUGGAUAGCGAUGGUCUUAGCCGUCAAGGAAAAUCUUUACUUUUUAGUGUGCUUGUUAAGCUGCUACAAAAAUAUCAAAAAUACCCGUUGCCUGAGGUUCCUUCCAGCGAGCUUUCAAUCUCACUUUUAAAGAGCAACACAUUGGCUAUUCAAAAUAAGCUUCUGCAAAUCACCUUUGGCACCAUUGACUUUUUGAAGGGAAAAUUCAGCCAAAACCUCAUGGAGGUUUUCAGCAGUAUGAAUUGGUGUUUUGACACACCUCAGCAAACUAUGGCAUUUUGCAAAAACAUGAGGGCCAGUGCAUCAAAAAUCUUCCAAGAGCAGCUUGGCACAAAUUUACAGAUCUUCUUUGACACAUGCAUAAAUGAAUCAGAGAUUAAGAAGUACACAAAAUUGAAUACCUGCAAUUCCCCCAAAUUGGAUCGUCUGGUUACCCUCAACCGGGCAACACUCACUAUGAUGAUUGUAAUAAACCACGAACAAAGUUUUGAUCAUGGUUCAGAGUUCAGAAAUGUGAUGUCCCAAUUGAGCAUUGCUGAGAAAGAGGCGCAUUGCUGGAGGAGCCUUCUCUAUUUGAGGACUUCCAAAUUUGCCCCAAGCGAUAACCAAGAUGGACAGUUUAUUGAAGAUGCCUUUGGAGUGUUGUUCAAUGUGUGGAAGUUUCUUCGUAGAGCCAGAGAAUUGGUCAAGAAUCUGAAGACUACCAAGAGUAAGUUGGAAGAUAGUAACUAUGGAAAAGCAGUGAGAGCCUUCAUGGCAGGAAAAUUGGAUGAAGCCGAGAUUCACUUGCAAUUUCGCUCUGCACCACUGCCUAAAAAAGAGGAGUCUCCUAAACACUUUGCUUCAAUUGAAGAGGAAGAAGAGGCCAAAAAGGAAUUUGAAAAUGCAAUGAAAAAUGUUUUUGAGGACCUCUUUGCUGUUGAUCACGAGACAGCAAGAAUGAUGAGUGAAAACAUUUUCCAGGAAGGCCUAAAAAAAACAUGCACCUGCUCGUGUUGCCCAGCAAAUAUUGAGAAUGAAGACGAAGAUAAUUCGUCGGAGAGCACCAGUGCUUGUGCUGAUGAGAAGACAUCAAAGUGCAAGAAAUUCUUGAAGCCCACCAAAGAAGUUUUGAAGGUUUUGGAGCAGCAAACAAAAGAUAAGGAGCGCCGCACUUGUCAUGUAUGCAAAAAGAAGGAAUCCAACAAAUUGAAUUACAUUACCUGCAGUGAAUGUGCCAAAACUGAUUUCCCUGAUGUCAACUACUAUUGCUCCAAAGCUUGCGAGAAGAAAGCUUGGGAAACAUACCAUGAGGAGGACCAUCUUCUCCAUGAGCUGGAGAAGUCGUAUUAUGGCACAGAAGGUCGGGAUAGAAGCAAAUAGAAAGAGCAGUAAAUUUUUCACUUUUUUUUUAUACCUAGAGUUUUAGGCCCUAAAUUUUCGGGCCCAGAAUAGAUUCAUCGAUAAUUGGUCAGAAGACCUGUUGAUAAAUAUGACUAAUAUUUUGUACUGGAUUCAAUAAAAUUGAAGAAAUACAUUUACACAACGUGGUACUUUG